GACGUCUGCGUGCCGUACUAUCCAUUCUCCAGUAAGACACGAUUCACAGCGUUGAAUAAUCGACAUUCGUAUUUCUUGUUGGUGGACAAUGGAAGCGUUGGCAGAUAUGGUGCAGAGGUGGUCUUACGAAAGCGGCUGGAGAAUUACAUAGCGCAGAAGCAGAAGAUCUCUGGUGGAUCACGGAGUGUACCUGUUGUUUGUGUGAUUCUCGAGGGUGGCAGUUGUACCAUCAGAUCGGUGUUGGAUUACGUUACAAACGUUCCUCGGGUACCUGUGGUCGUUUGUGAUGGAAGUGGUAGAGCGGCUGAUCUUCUUGCCUUUGCCCAUCAGACGGUUCGAGAGAAUGGCUCAUUCCCAGAUGGUGUCCGCCCUCAACUAGCAGAACUGGUUCAGCGAGUGUUUGACUGCGGUGGUGCUACUGCGGAUAAAGUUGUAACCGAAUUGAUUAUGUGUACACAGCAAAAACAUUUGAUGACAGUUUUCCGACUCGGCGAGAAAGGUGGACAGGAUGUCGAUCACGCGAUACUCAGCGCUCUCCUGAAGGGCCAAAAUUUAUCUCCGGCCGAUCAGCUAGCUCUAGCUUUAGCAUGGAGUCGUGUAGAUAUAGCUAGGUCCGACAUUUUCACCUCUGGACAGGAAUGGCCUCAAUCGGCUUUGCAUGGAGCUAUGAUGGAAGCACUGAUCAACGACCGUGUUGACUUCGUCCGUCUUUUACUGGAGAACGGAGUCAAUAUGCAACGGUUUCUCACUAUUGGUCGACUGGAAGAACUCUACAAUACGGACAAAGGACCUCCUAACACCCUGUACUACAUCGUAAGAGACGUGGUGAAGGUACGACAAGGAUAUCGAUACAAACUACCUCAUAUCGGGCUCGUGAUUGAGAAGUUGAUGGGGAACGCGUACAAAUCGUCAUAUACCACGACUGAAUUCCGUUCGAAAUAUAGCGCCUUUAUGAAGAAAUUCAGGGGACGAGGAAGCGGUGGCAAAGGAGUCCCUCCAGGUAAUGGCAGUACGGCUCGCUCUCGUGGUGGAUCAGGUGCCAUGUCACGCCAAUCAACAGAGCCAAGUGGAUUUCUUGGUGGAUUUGCACCACCUCCACCUGCGGAACCAAUAGCUGAAGGUGUAGCGGCAGUCAGCGGUAGCCGUGCGCUUUCCAAUCAUAUCCUGUGGCGAUCGGCUUUUCGAAGAGAUAAUCCAAUGGCAAUGCGACCGAGCAACAUUGGCGAUUCUCUGGAAUUGCUGUUAGUUGAAUUUGAUACGGGCUCACGACUGAAAGAAUUCGAAUUCCGAUACCCGUUCAGUGAACUACUCCUAUGGGCAGUUCUGACGAAACGUCAGGCAAUGGCCAUGGAAUUCCGUACGCUAUCGUUAGAGCUUCUGGAGCACUGCUACCACCAAGACGACGCUCAAACGCUGCAGCUGCUGACCUAUGAACUGUCGAAUUGGGGCUGUCAGACAUGUCUUUCGCUAGCCGUUAUGCUGUCAAAUUUUGCUAGCAGAUUUAUGGCAUGGAGGAUUGAGGAUACGAAGCCAUUCAAACCUGAAAGUGCUCUGCGGAUUAUUGUUUCCAUUCUCUAUUUUCAUGCUGGAGUUCAAGACACGAGAGGAACUUCUUGCACAACCCAGACUGCAGCAGAACAUGAACAGGAUCUCAAUGAGAGCAGUAGCUCGUCCAGCUCAAGCUCGAGCUCUUCCGAAGAUUCCAGUGGCAGCAGCUUCGAAGACGAAGAAGAUGAUGAUAAGGUCGAUGCUGACAAGGAUCCGAAGCGUAGCCGGCGGGUAUCACAUGGAAGUGUUCAGUCGCUCAAUAUCGCUUCGUUAUUCCACAGUAGGAGACGCCGAAAGCACAUCAAGGAUGCUGGCACGGAUAUCAGCGAAACAGGGAAGCAGGAUCGUGCCGAGUAUGGUACGUUCCAAGGAGGACCCCCGUUCCAUCCGACUACUUCACCAACUCCACCACAUUUCUACAGAAAACGGACUAGGCAUCCGUCCUAUCGUCACAAUGGAAUUCUACCGGUGGAUGCAAAACGAAAGUCAUCCCUCUACGGUUCCAAUAGUGUGUUGUCUCAUGGAGCGAUAGCAGUCACUAAGGAAAGCGAUGAUCCGUUUAACACUCGACCAAAUUUCCUACUGACUGUCGGCGCCAAUCUUCCUCGAAUGCGCCCAAUUAAAAUUCGUCGUCGACUUUAUGAAUUUUACACGGCUCCCAUCACGACUUUCUGGGCAUGGACUCUUUCGUUCUGUUUGUUCCUCGCCGCAUUCACUUAUGUGCUUCUGAUCCGGACUCCACCAAAGCCAUCAUGGUUGGAGUGGCUUCUACUCGCGUACGUGAUCGCAUUGAAUGGAGCAUUUAGAAAGUUCCUUAUGUCGGAGAUGCAACCGCUGGGUCAAAAACUCAAGUAUUUCUUCUUUAAUUACUGGAACACCGUCACCACAGCAGCCGUCAUAUCGUUCAUUAUUGGUUUUGCUAUGCGAACUUUUGGUGUGAUAGAAACGGGGCGAGUAAUCCUCGCUUGUAAUUCAGUGCUUUGGACAAUGAAAUUGCUCGACUAUAUGAGUGUACAUCCACGGCUUGGACCAUACAUUACAAUGGCAGGAAAAAUGAUAUUGAAUAUGUCGUAUAUAAUAGUCAUGUUGGUAGUAUCGUUAUUGGCAUUUGGACUUGCACGACAGUCGAUAACAUAUCCUAAUGAAGACUGGCAUUGGUUACUGGUUCGCAAUGUUUUUUAUAAGCCGUAUUUCAUGCUUUACGGUGAGGUGUAUGCUGAUGAAAUUGACACAUGUGGAGAUGAAGGUGUG